UUUUUUUUCCAGCAGAGGAAGUCGGAGAGGGGUUGCCGAUUCGAUUCCUAGUCGGUUUGCAGUUAAGCAGCGGCGUCAGCCCUUGAAAUACCCAGGUCCGAUCGCAGAUUUGGCAAGCUCGUACGCCGCCUCAGCCUCGCAUUGCCACCACAAAACCGUACUUGCCAACUACUUGCCGACGCGAAUCCCUGCCGUGCCUGCGUCCUCGUCGAUCGAAGCCGCCGCAUGACGACGCCGGCGACGGUGAGCUUCGGUGCUCCUGGUCCUCGUCCUGGCGCUGCUGCAGUCCAGGCCCAGGGCGGGAGACCACCCGCGGCGCCUCAGCUACCAGGCGGCGGCGUGCCGCGUCCGCCGCGUCUCCAGUACACCGGGGUGACACGAGGCCCGAGCGGCGGCGGUGUGCCGCGUCCGCCGCGUCUCCAGUACACCGGGGUGUCACGAGGCCCGAGCGGCGGCGGGUGGAUGGCGCGCGUGCUGGUGGACCCGGAGCGGGGCUCGUGCCGCGCCGUCGGGCCGUUCCCGGACCCGCACGCGGCGGCGCUGGCGCACGACCGCGUGGCGAUCGCGUACCUGGGCGACAGGGCGCGGCCCAACUUCCCGCCGGCGUUCCACCCCAUCGAGCAGCGGUUCCUGCGGCUGUGCCGGGAGCGGGAGGGCCAGAUCGACGUGUGCGCGCUGGUGGCGGACCCCGGCACGUACGAGGCCCGGUACGCGACGUUCCUGAGGUCGGUGCUGCGGCUGAAGCAAUGGGGAGACUUCAAGGGCCUCAUCGUCGAGUUCUUCAUCAGCCGCGCCUCCGAGAUCGGGGACGAUAUCCUCAAGGAGGGCGGGGAGAGGCUGGAGGCCAGGUUCGUGGAGAUGCACCGGAACAAAGCCGUGGACCCGAAGUGGCGCGCCUCGUACAUCCGCAGAGUCUUGCAGGAGCAGAAGAACCAGCAGCAGGUCGCCGCCGCCGUGCAACCACAGCAGCAGCGCUGGGGCGGCAGUGCCACCGCCGUGCCCGUGCACCCCCAGCAGCAGCUGUUUGUGGCGUGAACAGAGAAAACUGAGUGUUUGAGAGUUUUUCCACUUUUAUGUGCCGUCCUUGUGUAAGGUUCGCCAUCAAAUUACUUGAAUCACGUGUCUGUAUUUGUAUUAAACUGUGAAUGUACUACUCCAUAUUGUUAUUAUAUACUACCUCCUCAGUGAAAGAAUGCAAUCAUGGAUGUGUAGUCAAAGUAGUUUAAAUCUCUACAACUAAAAAGACUCAGAUGAUAUCGUCAUACCGUAUCAUCGGCCUGCCUCACCCGCACUGCCCUUCCUCUCCCGUCCAGCUCCACCACGAAGCUCUCCUACCACUUCCUCUCUGCGCGCGAUAACCGCCGCGCAGCUCCCCCACGCAGCUCCCCUAACCCUUCCUCUCCUCGAUUGCUGCCGUCGCCGCCGCCGGACGGCGCUAUCCGCCGCGCAGCUUCCCCACGCACCUCCCGUAUCCUUCCCUUUCUGCGCGCUCUGCCGUCGCGGCCGCCGGACGCACGCCGGGCUGCCCCACGGUUCAGGUCAAUCCGCUCCUUCGUCGUGCUCAUCCACGCCCUCACGCCGCCGCACCGCCUGGAGGGCGCACCGGUGACCAAUCCGCGCCUGCACCGAAGCCUCGAACCCGUCGUCCGCACGCUGCCGUCGGCGACAGCUGCGUCCGCGCGAGCCUCGUCCUCGAGCGCCGCCCGUGACCGCUGUGAUCUCGGUCGGCUGCCGUCCGCACGAGCCCCGUCUCGACCGGCCGCCGUCCGUCCGCGCGCGCCGCCCUCGGCUCUGCUGGACACCAGCCACGCUGGGCUACCUGCUGGUGAAGGAACGGUCGAAUCCGGCCAAGGAACGACAACGGCGGUGAAGGAACGGCCGGACCGGUGAAGGGACAACUAGAUGCGACGAAGGGAGGAGGAAAUCUAGUGCUUGUUCACUUGAUGAGGACACGGAGGCAGCAGGUCCGGUGCUGGAGUGAGCACACGUGGAGGUCACGGUAGUGGAACUUGGAUUUGUGGCAGAAAGACUCCUCUCCUACACCGAUGAUCUCGAUGGCACCCUUGAUGUCAGCAUCGACCUGAUGUCAACACGCAGGUCAGUGCCUGAGAACGGUGGUGAACACCCCUAUGACGGCGGUGGCGACGGGCGGCAAGGCAGGAGGGAAGGUGUCCUUCAAGAUCAUCCUCACCUUCGACCCCAAGUUCCCUUUCAAAAUUGCGUUUCCUACUUGAUGCAGCUAAAUUCUGUGGUGAAUUUGAGAGACUAAAGGUUGUUCUAAAGGAGGUGGCUGCAUCUUAUGGGAAAAUCGUCUUGUUCGUUGAUGAGAUCCAUACAAUUGUUGGUGUAGAAAUGGAUGCUUUGAGAGAAGAUGUUUUUUUUGUAUUUUGGAGGAGGCAGCAAAGUGAAGCCAUGCCGAAGAGAUGCACAACCUAUGGCCAUUUCGCUAAAAUUUCAAGAGUUUUUUUUUAUCGUCAUGUUCUAUUUUCUUCUCCGUGUGAGUACUAAAUAUUGUGCAUGGUUUGGUUGCAUUUUAGACACAGAGGAGGAACAAGAUCAUGAGAAGAUAAAGGUGCUGCAGUGUUUCAGUCUUGAUGUUUUUUCCAAGCACAGACUGACAAGGAAUCCACGUGGUAUGUUGCAGUGUGGCAUCGAGCCACCAUCCCACCGAGGAGGCAGGAGCGCCGAGCAGCGAACAACAGAAUAGUAGCAGCCGAGCAGAUGUAUACACGCAUGCACGUCCUUUUGAUUGCCUCUAUAGUCUGUAAGCUUGGCUGCUUGGCUCUGUGGUCUUGGAUCCUCCUCUUCAGGCAGCCAGGUUCUAUCUAAUUCGAUUUGGUAGUUAACUUUUCUAGCUAAUGGUUGUUAGUUGUUGUGAAGUAUAUGUGUGAUGCGUGGCAUUUGAAGUUUCAAACGUGAUGUGCCACAACGCAAAAAGGACUAAGAAUUGAACAUUAAAUUUUGUUCAGAAAAAGAGGAAAUAGUCAACGAGUGAAUAGGAAACAACAAUAUACUUAGAUUACUUUACUAACUUUUGUAUCUCUGGAUCUGAUGGCUUCAGAAUUAUGAGAAACUAACUAUUGCCUUAUUUGCGACUUUUUGAUAGAAAAACAGUUGGAAGAACUUAUUCUCAUAUAUAUACGGUAUGGAUUUCUCUAUCUCAGUUACAUAUAUUGAUCCUGACAAAUGUAAGAUUAAACAGGUUUUGAUUUUCGUUGAGUAUUUCCUUUCCUUCUCUUGUGUACUCUUGACAAUUUAUUUAGUGUGUCUUGCAGUUGAGACGGAUCUACAAACUGGAGCACAGUAUAAAUAUGUGGUGUGGUUGUUGCUUCUAUCUCGUAUUUCCACUUGUAUGUUAUUUUCCUCAUUUUUUUUGUUCCGUAUGCCGUUCCUAUCUUCCUUUUAGAUUGAGUUUCUUCCAAUCAAUAGAGAAGCCUACGAUACCGCAUUAUCCGUGAUUGUAUUGAUUUCAUAAACUUUGAUUUUUAGAGUAUGUAAUUUUAAUACUAGAAUUUAAUUGUAUAGUAUUGUUAUCUUA